AUCUUUCACAUGGGAGUGAAUGUGUGAUGUGUGCUCAUCUGUUUUAUUUUUAUUGAUAAGAACUGAAAACCAUGUAUAUUAACGACCUGUUCCAUCCAGUUUUUAUAAGUAAAGCAUGUCAUGAGUGUUAUAUUUGUCCAUUUUACACAUUUCCAUAUUUAAUUGAACACGGCAGAAAUGAGAAACUGAAAAAGGCAAAGGGAAGCUCCACAACAGAUUCUCAGCAUCUCCUCUCCCAAUCACCGCUAAGCUUCCCAGCCAGAUGAAUUCGUCAGUGAAACCAAAUUAGUUCUUGAGAAGUUUAUAAUUAGAUUUCUGCUCCAAAAAGUCUUAUCGGGUGUUCAUAAUCUGCCCACUCUUUAAUCAGAGGCGACCAGCAGAUCAGUAUCUCUGCAUGGGCCUCCUGGUGAAAAGCCAACAAUUUACACGUUUAUCUCUUUUGAGAUUCUUUCUGGGUUUUAAUGGCCUGCCCUGCAGGCGCCGCCUUCAUUUACAAAUCCGUUCUGUCAGAUUUACUUCUACACCAGAUGUAAUGUCAGAGUUUUUAUUAUUAUUAUUAUUAUUAUUAUUAUUACAGAUUUCAUUUCUUCAACACAGGAAAAAUAUCUUCUGUCCACUGAAUGUCUCUUGUGUCUUUAAAAUGGCUUAGAAAAUCUGUGGACGUUCAGAAAGUUUAGCCGAACUGGACAUAUCAGCUAAUAUUUAAUAAAUUUCUGCAAAGAAUAUUAUUACAAACUUUUUAGCAUGGCAAAGAAAAUCUAAUAAUUGUCAGGGUUUUUUUUAUGUGUCCUCAUGGGAGACACGUUAUUUAGAUACGUUUUUUCCGAUGAGAUAAUGAUCGUAAAAUUUCUUUAAAGAUGGUUUUGGAACAGAUGGAGCAGCCAAGCAUCAGGCUUCUGGAAAAUCUCCAUUUCAACCUUACUAAGAAUAGACAAUAAGUCAGAUUUGAGACAGGAAAUCAACUAAUUUAAGUUCAUUGUGAAAAGACGAGUGCUCAGCCAAAAAAAUUGUGGUGUCUCUGUAAGUUCCUAAAGUAAAAUUAGUGUGGAGUGAAUGUAUGUCUCUAACCCUGUGGAUAUACUUUUCCUUUAUGCGGAUUAGAUCAAAUUUACAAAAACUUUUGCACCAAACACAGUAACUGCAGGUUGUUGGUGCAGCAACAACCAAAAAUAAACAUAAAUUUCAAACCAGUGAGGCAUGCAUGUGAAGUUUCAUUAUUAGAUGGUAAUAUACAGUGUGUCCAUGUGUGUGUGUUUGUGUGUGUGUGUGUGUGCAUGUGUGUGUGUGCGUGCUCGUGUCCUAAUGCAAUGUACCUUUGUGAGAACAGAGAUAGCAGAGCUCAUUAAGUGAAGCAUCUAUCUCUUUGAGUCAGUGUAGCCUCCCUCACUUUGUCCCACGUCUGUCGGCAGAGAAAAGGAUGUGACUCAAAGCCGUCUGGAUUGAUUGGUGACUGUUGGCGCAUCAGGUUUCUCUCUUAUCAGCUGAGAUAUAAUUGAUUUAUGGAGAGCUGGUUGAAUCCAAACAAGGACAUAAGUGUGCUGAUUUAACCACUUAAGAGAAAAACAGGAGCACAUGGAGCAGGAUGCUCUGUGAGAACAAAAGAACAUGUGAAAAUCCGCCUGCAUUAUUCAGAUGCAGCUUCUUUUCCUCGUCUCUUUGUUUCUUUCUUCCUUCAUUUAUGUUUCUUUCUGUCUUUCUUUCAUUCCCUCUUUCCCUCCUUCUUUCUUCUUCCUCACAUUCGGCUAAAACAAAAGCUGUGAUGCAUUGAUGAUAUCAUUUACCAGCCAAGAGCCAUGAUCAUUACGUUUCUAUUAGCUUCAUCCUAACUGAUGGCCAAAGUCUGUGCCUCGGAUACAAGUGCAGUCACCAUGGCAACCGGCAUCACCUACAGUAAGGAAGCAUCUAGCCAACCUGUUUUGUUCACUCACAUUGCACAUGUUGUGCCACCUCUUUAAUAUUGAAAAUAAAUAAAUAAAAACUCAGCAUGUUUCUCUACUCAAAUUCUUUUAAGAAUGUGAUGCUAAAAAAUGUUUCAUCCUUUUUUUUUAUCAGUAUAGUAAACAUUAUCAGUAUACUGCAGUGAAGAAUUCAUUCUAUUGGCAUUUUUUCCCCCUUUUCAUUUAAAAUCUGUUUGGAUAAAAUGCUUUAACUUAGUCAUUUGAUAAUUAAAACUGGCAGCAAUACCAUUUAAUUUAGUUUUAUUGGUCACAAAUCAAAAGUGUAUUAUUUUGAAGCUUUAAAAUAAUUGGUUCCAAAUAUUAGCUUUUGAUUUAGCUUUAAGCUGGUUUAGCAUUUUGUUUUGACACCUCUAUGGAAGUCCAAAAAUAACAAAAUUAAAUAAAAAUAAAGUAAUAAUAAAGUAGUAUUAAAAUGUGCCCUUCACCUAUCCAUAUGAUGCAUCUCUCCAGCGGUACAAGAAGCAGUGUACAGUCUGCACACACACACACAGACACACACUCUCUCUCCUGAGGACAAUCCACAGUUACCAAUGAAUCUAAAAGUUAUACAAGCUCAAUGCAGAAAACCCCGGUGUGAACAAUUUAUAAACCAUCUUAAUUAGUUUCUGUAAUGAAAAUACGUUAUAUUUUUCAUUUAGCAUGAGAAAACGCCCUGCUGCAGCCACUGUCUUACCUCACAUUGACUACAAAGAAAUAAUUUAUUAGAAAUCUCCUGUUGUCUACAGAUGUUGGGAACAGUUUAUCAUGGAGCACCGAAAAUCAAUAGGAAUAAACUGUUUGGUUAAAUAUUUUACACAUGCAAAACUUUGCACCACUACUAUUUUACCUAUCUUUGUGUGUUACUCAAAUAGAGCCACUAAAAUCUCAACUCACUGUAAUAUUAAGAAGAAAACAGAAGGCAUCAUUAAACGGUUGUUCUUGUUUUUCAUGCUUUUCUUCCAUUGUUUUUAAUUUAAGUUAAUGUAAAGCAUUGCGUCUUGUUUGUUUAACCAAUAAUCUUGUCGUAUCUGAAAAAAAAAAAGGUUUACUAUCAUUGUUAUUAUAAUUAGUGGGACAUUGUGGUACUGUAUAUUUCAAAGUCUACAACUGACUGAAAUCCGCAGGUUGCUGUCCGUGGUGCUGAAGCCUCUCCAAACACACACCUACAUUAAGGACAGCCUUUCAGUGGAGGCUGCUUUGCGCAUGCGAUGAAGUAAUGCGGGGCCACUUGUUUAAACAGAUGGCCACAUCAAGAGCAGGUAGGCUGCAUGCGCAUUUUUAUACAUACGCUGAAAACCGUUCAAACCGCGCUUGCAGGCUUUAUUUUCCUGCCUGCCCGCCUCCGCUGCUUUGGUUGAAAGCAACAGGCUGCAGCACCGAUGUGAUGCCUGUACGCUGAAAAGCCGCACCACCUGUAACUGCAGCCUCCCCACCUCUCCUCCGUCCUCCGGACUCCCCAUGCCGACACCGAGGAUGAAGAAGCAGAACGUCCGGACCCUCUCGCUCAUCCUCUGCAUGUUCUCCUACCUGCUGGUCGGCGCCGCGGUGUUUGACGCGCUGGAGUCCGAGUCGGAGAACUCCCGCAGGCGCAUCUUGGAGCAGAAGCGCAGUGAGAUGAAGAGGAAGUACCGCUUCUCCGAGGACGAUUACCGCGAAAUCGAGCGAGUGGUGCUGCAAGCGGAGCCCCACCGCGCCGGGAGGCAGUGGAAAUUUGCUGGCUCCUUUUAUUUUGCCAUUACGGUCAUCACGACCAUAGGGUAUGGGCAUGCUGCACCAGGAACAGACGCAGGAAAAGUCUUCUGCAUGUUCUACGCUGUUCUAGGCAUUCCUCUCACUCUUGUGAUGUUCCAGAGCCUCGGAGAGAGAAUGAACACGUUCGUCCGCUACCUCCUCCACAAAAUGAAGCAGUGCCUGGGUUUCAGACACACCGAGGUGUCCAUGGAGAACAUGGUCCUGGUGGGCUUCCUGUCCUGCAUUGGAACACUGUGUGUGGGAGCCGCAGCCUUUUCCCACUUCGAGGGAUGGAGCUUUUUCCAUGCGUACUACUACUGCUUCAUUACCCUCACCACUAUUGGCUUUGGGGACUUUGUGGCCCUGCAGAAGAAGGAGGACCUCCAGGAGAAAACGCCUUACGUCGCCUUCAGCUUCAUGUACAUUCUGGUGGGGCUGACGGUAAUCGGAGCUUUUCUCAAUUUGGUGGUCCUGCGUUUCCUCACCAUGAACACCGAGGAUGAAAGACGGGAUGCUCAGGAGAGAGCUUCGCUGAAGAGGGACAGGGGUCUUUUAGAGGGGCCCACCGGCCCCCGCGUUGUAGGUGAACAGAGCCGAGAUAGCCGCAGGGAGAGGACCGGCAGGGACAGCAUGGUGCACGGCCGCAGCCACAGCACACUCUUCCUCCCCAUGCAGGAGGGAACCAGUCGCACCAACCUCAUCCCUUCCCCAGCUGAGGACACAGAGAGGCAGGAAAGUCCCUGCAGGCACAGGCUGCAUUUUCGGAUCAAGCCAGGCAGACGGAGGGAGGAGACGAGCGUCAGCUCCCUCUGCUCCUCCUGCGUGUGUUAUCGCUCAGAGGUUUGUGACGACCCCGUGGUGAACCGCAGCAAACACCACGGAGGCCACAUGAACUCAGUUUACUACAACUCAGUCUCCUAUAGGAUCGAGGGCUGCUCGUCGAGAUCCAGGGACAAUACUGGACUCUCCUCCCCUGGAAGCACACUGUCGCCUGAGCACAGCUUCCAGGAGUUCAGUAGUUUAAGGAGGAAGUCGGUGUAAAGGGCAUUAUUGUAAGGGGGGCAGGGGGAGUCUGCAACGACAGUAAACUGUAUCUAUUUAUUUGUUAGAUUUUAUUUUGCGCAUGACAGAAUUCUGUUUGUUGAAUAAACUGUCUCUUGUAGCUACUGAAACUGAUUUUAUUCAUAAAGCAAGAAUGUCUUUCCUCCUUGUUACUACUGUACAAAUAUAUAUAUAUGUUGUGGGUUCUGCUAUUUUGCUUGCAUGUAGCAAUGCAUGCUAAAAAGAAUGUAAAGCACUCAAUGUGAAUGCAGGAGAGCUACAUUUAAAGUUCUUUUUUUUUCUUUUGCCAAGUUUAACACAGAGAUGAAGACUCAAAUCUUUGACUUAAAGACUUUGCAUUCUCUGCAGUAACUGAGGAAUCUGUCGGUUUAUUCAAAGAACAAAUUUAGUCCAAAUCAGAACAUUUCAAACUUCACAGCAAAGUGAAGAGCAGAACUCUGUUCUGAAGUUGACAAAAUACAACAUUUCCACUUUUUCCUGGUUGUCAUUGAUGACAACCAGCUCAAAUUUCUGAUGAAAAUAAACAUUAUUUCCACACGAUAUGUUGAGAACAAGCUGCAAAAACUCAAUCAUGUCAUCCUUUCCUCACAGCUCCAGGAGAGAGAACACAUUUCUUGGUUUAUGCAGAGUAUGUAAAGGUGACUUCAGACUCGACUUGCACUCGAGGUUUGGGACUCGAGUCUCAUUUAAUGGAGGUGAAGAGUUAACCUGUAGCUCAUUUUAGUAGAUGACUAAUAAUGAUACCUAGUAAAGUUUAAAGUUGGUCUGUUUUGGUUUCAUGCUAAAACUGAUCAUCAUUUAGUUCAGUAAGUAAGACGACAGCGUAGCUCUGAUGCAAUAGGGUUGCGUUCGAUUAAUUAAUCAGGGAUGUUUACAGACCAUGGACCAUUAAUGGCUCAUAGCUACUGGUUCAUAUCUAAUGUAGCAUCAUAAUAAUGACUAUAUGGAUGUCUCUUAUUUUGAGCUGUGACUCUGGGUUAUUUGAGAACGCACUCAGUUUACCUCCAACGUCUUUUUUAGAUUGGUAACAGCAUUAAAAAGUAGGGGUGGGCAAUACAGACUUAAAAGUUUUAUCACAAUAUUUUGUACAAUUGUGAUUAUUUUUUAUCAACAAAAGUGACAAUACGAACUAUGUAUUACUUCAGUUUAACUUAAUAGCUGUUGACUGUAUGACAGAACAAUUGUAGCUCCACAAACACAAAUACUGCACUUAAGGAACGCCAGUCACACAAAGGUCACAGUAACUGCGUUUAGUCAUAUUUUCAAUUUGAUUAAUGUUUAUUGAUCUGGACAAUAAGGACAGUAUUUUUUAAGCAUCAAUAAUUUUAAUUUAUCAUGACAACAAUAGAUCAAAAUCCUUAUCAUGAUAAGAAAUUCAUCAGGAGAAUGAUAAACGAUACGAUAAAUUCUCACCUCCAUUGCAAAGAUUUGUACUGUCCUGAUUCAUUGAGCAAUUUCAUAUUUUAUUUGGGGAGACAUUUUGUAUCUCACAAUUAGGGCUCAUAAUAAUGAGUUAUAUCCAUAACAGUAACUCUGUGGUUUAUGCCAUGCAUCAAUGUGAGAACGUUCACAGUAUUUAGAGACUCGUGACGUGACUUGAACUUGGAAAAAUGACUUGUGAACAUCUCUGCUUCAAUAAAAGGAAUGGGUAUUUUGCUUACCAAUGAAGAGACUUAAAAAAAAAAAAAAAAACCUCAGAGGGCUCUUGCUUAAAGAAAAGUCUUACAUUUUCCUGCCAUAGAAAGAUGAUGUCAUAAUUAUAGUUUUAUAUUUAAAAAGCCUUAAAGAUGUUUGACCAAGCACAUCAGAUAAGUGACUAUUUUACACACGGCGAGAAUAAUACAAUAUUUUAUUACCUGACAUUGGAGUGAGGUGGUGAACACUCCGAUGAAUAAAAAACUUCAUGUUGGUAGUUGAACUAAAGUGGAUGUAGCUUGUAACAUAUAUGUAGCAGGUUAUUAAGGUCUGCAGAAGUUUUCAUCGUCCAGCGACUGAAGGUGUUGUUGUCCUGACUGAUGUCAUUCUCUUCCAGUAUUGUUUGACUAAACCAAAUGAGCGUACCGUUGAAUGUGGUUUUUUAUUUAGACUCUUUCUUAUUGUACGUUGUUAUAUGAUUUUUUUUUAAGAUUCUGUAUUCAUUUGUCUUCCCUUCAAAUGUGUGUUUUUACUUUCAGAGAAUAAAACCUUGUAACUAUUAGUCUGACCAUCA